AUGGCGUUUGCACGGUGCCUUCUCUAUAUUUUCCUGUGUGGUAUACUGUGCAAAGAUCUCUUGGCUGAGGAGCACUUCAUAGUGGGUGGCCAGAAUGCGGUGGAAGGAUAUGCCCCGUACCAGGUGUCGUUGCAAACACUCUUGGGCAGUCACUUGUGUGGCGGCGCCAUCGUUGCGGAUCGCUGGAUCCUGACUGCGGGUCAAUGUAUCAAGGGCUAUCCCGCCAGCAGACUCCAAGUGGCCACCGGAUCAGUUCGCUAUGCGCAACCAGGUGCAGUCUACUAUCCGGAAGCCAUCUACCUGCACUGCAACUAUGACAGUCCCAGAUAUCACAAUGAUGUAGGCCUACUGAAAUUAAACGAGAGUGUGGUUUUUAAUGCCCUGACUGAGGCGGUUAAGCUUCCCACCUCCUCCUUUCCGCGAGGAACUUCGGAGCUGGUGUUUACAGGCUGGGGAUCCCAGUCGGCGGCGGGGAGUCUGCCCUCCCAGUUGCAGCGGGUCCAGCAGCAACAUCUCAGCAGCCUGCUCUGCGCGUCCCAGCUCUCCGCCUACGAAGAUCUGGAGCUGGGUCCCUGCCACCUGUGUGCCUAUCGACAGGCCAACAUUGGAGCCUGCCAUGGGGACUCUGGUGGGCCCCUGGUUCACCAGGGCACCCUCGUGGGUAUACUCAACUUUUUCGUACCCUGUGCCCAGGGGGUUCCCGAUGUAUUCAUGGAUGUCAUGUACUACCGCGACUGGAUCCGACAAACGAUGAGCGGCAAUGGCAGGUGUGCGCAGAUCAUUCAGCAGACCAUUAAUGGCUAAUAAAUAAAUACUCUUAAAUAAUACAGAAAAACUUUGACUUAGAAAAAACUUACAUUAAAAAUGUUGUCUCUAAUUUGUUUUCUAUAUAAUGAUUUUAAUUUUAUAUAUUUAUUUAACAACUU